AUGUUAAGGGUUGGCGCAAGGGCAGGUCGCCCUCUAAGGCAGGCCGCCUCUUCCGGUCUUACCGGGUCGAGAUUUCGCUCGCAAAAGAUAAGCGGGCCUUUAGUCUCAAGGGUUUUCAUGUCGGUGGGUCCUCAAGGCGGGCAGGAGUCUGAAUAUCAUAAACAGGGGGCGUCCAGUUAUCCACUCCGUAGGCAAUGGACUACAGGUGUUGGUAUUGCUAUUGCAUCAUCCGGCAUUGCAAAACCCCCGGAACCAGCAGUGGCAUCUACUACGCCGCUCAAUGAGUUUCCGGCACCAUGCCACGAUACUUCUUCCUCCAACAUCCAAGGAGCAGUUGAAGAGUUCGUUGGUAUCCUAGGUAAGGACAACGUCAUCAGUGACAAGGAAGCUUUGGCACCCUACUCCACUUCCGAGUGGUCAUCUUAUUCUCCCAGUAAAACCGAAGUCUCCUCAGUAGUUGUUUGCCCUUCGACUACAAAAGAGGUUUCCCGCGUGAUGGAAGUCUGUCACCGACGCCGACUUCCAGUGACAGCAUAUGCAGGGGGGACGAGUCUGGAGGGACACUUUGCGCCGACUAGAGGAGGGGUCUGCAUUGACUUCCAAGGCAUGGACCAAAUAUUAACUGUGCACAAAGAUGAUCUGGAUGUUGUAGUACAGCCUGCAGUGCAGUGGGAAGUAUUGAACGAAGAGCUCGCCAAGGAUGGGCUCUUUUUCCCUCCAGACCCUGGCCCCGGCGCAAUGAUCGGUGGUAUGGUCGGUACUGGCUGUUCCGGAACAAACGCUUAUCAUUAUGGGACAAUGCGUGACUGGGUACUGUCUCUGACUGUUGUUCUGGCCGAUGGGACAAUUAUCAAGACCAGGCAGAGGCCACGGAAAUCUAGCGCCGGUUAUGAUCUGACUAGGAUAUUCAUCGGCAGUGAGGGUACACUUGGCCUGGUCACAGAAGCGACAUUGAAGCUAGCUGUCAAGCCGAUGAAUGAAGCAGUGGCAGUUGCAUCUUUCCCGUCCGUGCGGGAUGCAGCCAGCUGUGUAUCCGAAGUGGUCAAAAAGGGGGUAAAUAUUGCCGCCGUGGAGCUACUUGAUGACGUUCAGAUGAAGUGCAUCAACACGAGUCAAACAACGAGUCGUUCGUGGGACGAGGCCCCAACAUUGUUUUUCAAGUUCUCUGGAGCGCCCGGUGAAGUGAAGGAGAAGAUUGCGAUCGUUCAGGAAUUAGCUGAGAAUGCUAAUAAGAAGACUUUCACAUUUGCCCGCGAUUCGGAGGAGGUUGAUGAGUUGUGGAGUGCAAGAAAAGUCGCGCUGUGGAGUAUUCUGCAGAUGAAACAGCAGCCAACGGAUCAUGUCUGGACUACCGAUGUAGCUGUGCCAAUGAGCAGACUGCCCGAUAUCAUCGAGCAAACUAGAGAGGAGAUUUCUGCCAGCGGGUUACUUGGAGGCAUAGUUGGUCAUGUAGGUGACGGCAACUUCCAUGCAAUGCUCCUCUUUAAUGAUGAUCAACGCCAGGUAGCAGAGAGUGUUGUUCACAACAUGGUUAAGCGUGCUGUGGAAAUGGAGGGGACUGUAACUGGGGAGCAUGGAGUGGGAAUGGUGAAGAGGGACUAUCUGGAGCAUGAAGUCGGGAAGACAACAGUCGAUACUAUGCGCAGAUUUAAACAAGCUCUUGACCCUCUUUGCCUGCUCAAUUGUGAUAAGGUUGUGAGAGUUCAAGUCCCAAAGCAGGGAGAAGUUCCCGAGUGGUAA